AUGGAUUUCACCUCGCCUACAGCUAGUAGUUUGGGAUCCCCUAAUGCCUCCAAUCCAGCUCCCCAGGCUCAGUCUCAGAUCCACAGACGUCGCCUCAAUCGCGAGGAGCGAAAAGAUAUCCUCGUCAUGCGGCGGUUGGGCUAUACAUACCGAGCCAUAGCAGAGUAUCUCCAUGUCUCUCACCGUGCGGUUCAAUAUACUUGUGAAUCAAAUACAUGCGAUCCUAAAAAGCGACCCGGCCGGAAUAGCAAGCUGUCCACGAAGCAGGUGGAUGACAUUGAAAACUUUCUAACAGCCUCCAAGGAAAACCAGAGCCUCUCGUAUAAGAAGAUAAUUGAGGCUCUGGACCUUGACGUCAAGCAGGAUUGUCUGCGGCGAGCUCUACAGAAGCGUGGGUAUGUUCGACAGGUUACCUCCGUACCAAGUUGUCAAUCUAACAAACGUAGUCAGCUUAUAUGGGCGAUAUAUAAAGGCCCGAACACUAGGCCGAAAGAGCCCCCCAGCACAUCUGCGUCCGCCGCUCAGCUCUCUAUGAUGGAACAGUCACCUUCCGCUGAACUGGAGACGCAGGUAACCCAUCACCAGUCUGAAACUGCCAUGGCCAAUCACCAUUCUCCCAUUAAUAGGUAUACUCCUGCCACCGUUCAAUAUCAAAGCUUUCAACCAAUUGGCCCCGAAUUAAAUACUGUUCCACCUCAACUUCAUCCAAACCCAUACCAGCAGCCCAUACCUCCCCAAUUGCGGCAUAUUUCAUACAACCAUAUUUCAUCCCCUCAUCUCCACCACUAUCGUCAACCCGUGUCACUUGAUUGGCGUUCAACCCCUCCUCAGUACGAUCCAGGACCUUUCCAUCAUCAUUCCUUGUCAACCGGAUCUCCUCAGCUUCACUCGCUUAAUGAAUAUCACUCGAUUUUCUCCAGUAAAUUGCAAUCUCCUCUACCCGAAUAUCGUCAAGCUUUAUCCGAGUAUUGUCCCAGCUUGAUUGACCGCCGUUCCGUCCCUAUCCAAACCCCACCUCCACUUCCCUCUCCGCACUUCGAAUCCAUCCUCAUGGAGCCUCAGCACCGUAAUCUCAGCCGCAGCGUGUCUCCAGGCCUAUGCCAAACAACAGGACAGGCUCCCAUAACCAAAUGGCAAGUUCCGUUCCGUUCCAUCUUAGAGGCAUCAAGUCUUGCAGGCACGUCACGCAAAUCCAGCGGAUACUCGACACCGCUUACGAUACCAGAUGAUCGUAGUGACUAUUAUCGAUUUGCGGCGAGCGAUCCUCCAGAUACUGCCGGGAUCGAGCAUGAGUCGAGGAUACGGUAG